ACGCGGCAGAUACACAGCUCAACCGGUGGAAUUUGGGAAACUUCAAGUUAAGGGGUCAUUUCUUCUACGCAACUUUGGAAAAUAUUUUAUUUAAGAGUUAAAUACAUACACUAAAGUAAAAUGGUUUCUGUCAGAGUAGAUUUUAUUAUUUUACCAGAAAACUUGGAAUCUAACGUUGACUUUUGACUGGGUCUGAUUUGGACUUACCGAAGCGCUCAGAAGUACAUUUACAGCCGGGCUGUCAACUUGAUGUAGACUUUUCAGAACCAGAAAUAAUGAAUAGGCGUACCAAUUUUACAACAAAACAUAUUGGAUAGUGUUGCAUAAUGCGUAAAUGAUUUUCUAUUACUUUUAAAGGAGCUACUUAAGCUUCUUUCAGUGAGAACAAGGAGCGCAUUUGAAGACAGUUUACGCGCAAAAGAUUGACAAUAUAUUGGACAUAGGAUAUUAUUGAAACGGCUGGUCAGAGACACUCUGACUACAAACUGGACAUACAAUGACAAGCUGUUGGUUUGCCUUUGUGGGGUUGUGGUGGAGCGCUUAUUGCAUGUUCCUUAUUGCAGGUAGCAAUUAUUUAUUCGAUGGGAACAACGAGGUGCACCGGAGUUUCAUUCACCGGCGGUUGCGGACACACGAAAAGAGAGAGAUGCAGAAGGAGAUCCUCUCAAUCCUUGGACUUCCACACAGACCCAGACCUCAUCUGUCACAUGGAAAGUAUAACUCCGCUCCGCUCUUCAUGCUGGAUCUUUACAAUACGAUAUCAAGCGAGGAGAAAAACGAAGUGGAGGGCAUGUUGGAACAGUACCAGUCCUUGUACACCACCCAAGGUCCCCGUUUAGCAAAACAUCAGGAGAAUGCCUUCCUAAAUGACGCCGACAUGGUGAUGAGUUUUGUCAAUCUGGUGGAGUAUGACAGAGAGCUGUCGCCACACAGAAUGCACCACAAAGAGUUCAAGUUCAACCUGUCCCAGAUCCCCGAGGGCGAGGCCGUCACCGCCUCCGAGUUACGCCUCUACAAGGAGUGUGCAAACCAAGUCGUCAUCAACGAGACCCUCCUGCUCAGCGUCUACCAAGUGGUGCAGGAGCACCCCAACAGGGAGGCGGACCUGUUCUUGCUGGAGUCUCGCAGGCUGUGGGCAGCCGAGGAGGGCUGGCUGGAGUUUGACAUCCUGGCCACCAGUAACUUGUGGGUGAUGAGUCCUCACUACAACCUGGGCCUCCAGAUCAGAGUGGAGACCAGCAGCGGGCGGAGCAUCAGCUCCAAGGAGGCGGGACUAGUGGGGCGUGACGGAGGGCUGGAGAAGCAACCCUUCAUGGUGGCCUUCUUUAAAGUCAGCGAGGUGCACAUCCGCACCGCCCGCUCCACCAACAAGAACCGCAACAAGAACCGCAACCGCCCUACGCAGCCCCAGGAAGGAGGCUCUAGGGGCCCCAGCCCAGCAGAUUACAACAGCAGUGACCAUAACACAGCCUGUAGGAGACAUGAGCUGUACGUCAGCUUCCGGGAGCUGGGCUGGCAGGACUGGAUCAUUGCACCUGAGGGCUACGCUGCCAACUACUGUGGUGGAGAGUGUGUCUUCCCCCUCAACGCCCAUAUGAAUGCCACCAACCAUGCCAUUGUGCAGACACUGGUCCACCUCAUGAACCCGGAGAAUGUGCCCAAGCCCUGCUGCGCCCCCACCAAGCUGCACGCCAUCUCCGUGCUCUACUUCGACGACAACUCCAACGUCAUCCUGAAGAAGUACAAGAACAUGGUGGUCAGGGCCUGUGGUUGCCACUGACAAACCGCCAAACCGCCGCGUGGUCACGGUCACCUGACCGCGGCGCGGGCUGCAGCGGAGACCGUGUGAACACGACAUCCUGGGUCUGCCUGUAUGUCAGUGUGUGUUCUACCCUCUCUCAUACUCAGGAUGAGGAAGGAACUGAUAAAGGACCAGACCAAUGUGCUGCUUUCCACUCUCUCUCAUCUAAGUGAUGUUCAAAUUCUCAGACGGCUACUGGCUUCAUUACAGCAAAAGAACUCGAAGACGUAGGGGAAUUGACUCAAUGUUAUCUCAGGGCGGGCAGCCAAUCCCGUCAGAUGUAGUCGAAUGACACAGAAAACAUGUAGAAAUCUACAUGGGGGAGACAGCAUUAGCCAAACUACUGUGCAUUCGGAAAGUAUUCAGACCCCUCGACUUUUUCCACAUUUUGUUAUUCUAAAUUUGUUUUUUAUUUUUAUAUCUAGUCUACACACAAUACCCCAUAAUGAUGAAGCGAAAACAAGUUUUUAGAAAUGUUUGCAAAUUUAUUACAAAUAAAAAACAAAUACCUUAUUUACAUAAGUAUUCA